AGCAACUACAAUUUCCACAAUUCAUAUUGCGUCUACUCUCUUCUAAAGUUUGUAGCUUAAACUCAGGUGGUGCAUUAAAGUUUAUUUAUUAGUGUGACAGUGCGACGGAAGCUUAGAGUCUUACUUGAUUACUUUGGUGUUUUAAGUUGUUGACAGUGGGACGUAGGUUUAAAAACAUACUUUUUUAAAUUUACGCUGUUAUGAAUCAAUGUUGUAUUUUACUUUUUACCAUUUUAACGUAGUCUGUAGUGUAAGUUUUUAUUCUGCACUUUCGGAGAACAGGAAUAAUUUGAACUAUUUCAAUGGCAUCAGAGAUAGAUCCACUAUUGCCAUGUUCUAGGAGAUAUUCAGUGCAGCAACGAGAUUGCAGUUGGUGUCGUAGCCCAGACAGUAGUUUCCAUGGUGGCAUUAGACGACUGAGGAGCUAUUCCAACAGAUCUGCUUCCGUUGGAAGCAACCCCGAAGAAGAUGAUGACCUUUAUAUUCAGCAAGCUACAGUGUUUAUUGAAGAUGCAAUACAGUAUCGCUCUAUUAAUCAUCGAGUGGACUCAGGAUCUCUUCGGCUGUAUCUGUGGUAUUACUCGAAGGUGUGUCAGCGGUUUUUAAACCUCAACAUUUUUGUUUUGUUGGCACUGGCAUUUAUCGAGAAACCAUCAUCUCUGACUGUUACUUCAGAUGUACGUUUCCGGCAAACACCAUGGGAACCUCCUUGUGGAAUGACAGAGAGUAUAGAAUUGCUCUGCUUUUUUGUAUUUGUAGCUGAUGUAGCCGUAAAGAGUUACUUAAUUGGCCUGGAUGAAUUUUGGAAGACCAAAUGGCUGGUUGCUUACAUUCUGGUGAUUGUAGUUUCCAUGGUGGAUUGGGUGAUAUCACUAUGUUUCUUUUGCACAGAGAUGGUAAGGAUUCGAAGAGUGUUCCGACCCUUUUUUCUCCUGCAGAACUCCUCAAUGAUGAAGAAAACACUGAAAUGCAUUAAAAGGACACUACCUCAGUUGGCAAGUGUUAUGUUGCUGUUAGCCCUCCAUCUCUGUAUCUUCACAAUGUUUGCCAUGCUGCUUUUUCCUCGAGUUAAGGAAUCUGAAGGAAGCAAGGAGUGGCAGACAUACUUUCCGUAUUUACCAGAUUCGUUGACCUCUCUGUUAGUGCUGCUGACAACUGCAAAUAAUCCCGAUGUUAUGAUUCCUGCAUAUUCCAAAAAUCGAGCAUAUAGUCUGUUUUUUAUCUUGUUCAUCGUAAUAGGCACUUUUCUGUUGAUGAAUAUGCUAACAGCAAUAAUAUACAACCAGUUCAGAGGAUAUCUUUUGGCAUCGGUACGGACAUCUGUUCUGAGGAGGCGGUUAGGAAUCAGAGCUGCAUUUCAGGUGCUCUGCUAUCAGAGACAGUCCAGGGCAGGUGUCGAUGAACACUUUGAGAGUGUUGGCACUGACAUGUUCUUAAAGGUCCUAAAGAAAGUUGAUAUGAAUUCCUUUCACAAACAUGCAAUCAUUCAGCAAACCAAGGCCCUUUCCAGUGAGUACAUUUUACCUAGCCAGUUUCAGAGAGUUUUUGAUGAGCUGGACAAGGAUGUUGUUAAGGAGCAUCCACCUAAGCCAGAGUAUCAGUCUUCGUAUAUGAAGAAGCUGCAAUUUGUCUUCAGCCAUCCAUACAUCGAUUUUGUAGGAAAUAUCGUUGUACUAAUUAAUAUUAUAUGCAUAUGUGUUACUUUGGUACUCGAUGCUGACAAGGCCAUUUCCGACCGUGAUGAUUACAUUUUAGGAGCUUUAAACUGUUUCUUCAUCUUGUAUUACGUGCUGGAAAUGCUGCUCAAGAUACUUUCUGUUGGACUCAGAGGCUAUAUAUCCUACAGAAGCAAUAUAUUUGAUGGUCUGCUGACACUACUUUUGCUGGCUUUGGAGAUUGCAACAUUUUCUUUAUACAAAUUUCCUCAUCCAGGAUGGAAUCCUAGUAUCACUGGUGUGCUCUCUCUUUGGGAGAUGGUAAGACUGGUGAACAUGCUGCUCAUAUUCAGAUUUCUGCGAAUCAUUCCAAAUGUCAAGUUGACGUCCUUGGUGGCCAGUACUCUGUUUGACCUAAUUAAGAAUCUAAGAGCCUUUGCCGGAAUUCUAGUGGUUGUGUAUUACGUGUUUGCUAUCUUAGGUAUAAUGCUUUUUAAAGGAGUGAUUGUAGCACCAGGAAAUGCAAGUGUUGUUCCAAAUAUUCAUUCUGGCAAUGUCUCUGACAACAGUACUAUGGAUUGUGGCACUUACGAGCAGCUGGAAUACUGGUCAAACAAUUUUGAUGAUUUUGCUGCAGCAUUGGUUGUUCUUUGGAAUGUGAUGGUUGUCAACAACUGGCAAGUUUUUUUGGAUGUAUUUUCAAGAUACACAACUCCGUGGUCUAAACUCUACUUUGUAGCUUGGUGGCUGAUAUCCUCUGUAGUCUGGAUGAACCUUUUUAUGGCUUUAAUUCUGGAGAACUUCAUUCAUAAGUGGGAUAGAAGUCAUCAUGGACCAUGCUCCGAAUUGUCUCAUAUUGAAUAUCAAAUGACAGUACAAGCAAUGUUUAGGGAUGAUUUAGAAGAGCCAACAGAGGAAGAACUGCUGGAACAGUUGCAUCAUCAUCCUCAUCUCCACCUGGACAUCUGAGAUGACCAUUAAAAGCACCAAUAAUUUCAUUCAGCAGAAAGUACUGGCAUAUGUCAGUUCCACCUUUUUAUAGACUAAUUAUCUUUUAUUAGAUCACUGACACUGUUGGACGUUGCAUCUGGGACCACAUUCAUUUUUACUGCAGGAAAAUAUACUGGUGUAUAGUAAUGUAGUUAACCAUGAUUUAACUGUUUAAAGGGAACAACCCGUGAAAUUAUUGACUUAGUUUGAAUACUUUCAUAAGAUUAUUCGCAGUGCGACAGUCAGCAAAUAUUUCUAGCUGGAUAAUUGCACUUUACACCCCCACAUUUGCUGUAUCCAUUGGAGUUGGUCAACUCAUCAGUUUUCAUGGUGUACCUCUCCUGAAAAUGACGGUAUAGCAUUUGGCUGUGUUACAUUAUGUCAUGUUUUCCAGUGAUGUAACAUGUCACAGAAGCUGUUCUAAUAAUUUUAAGAAGUGAGUUAAGUGUGUUCAUGCUGGUCACUUUACUGCGUUUUAGUUUUUGGGUACCAUUCACAUUUGUAUCCCAGGAAACCAUAUGUUAACAUUCAGAUGAGGGGACAAAAUAUCAAACUUGUAUUAUACAGCCUAGUAAGCGACCAUAUCAGCAGGUAUUUUCCCCCCUUUCAGACUGUGCCCAUGUCACUGAAAACUAAAGACUUUAAUGUUACUUGGUAGGCAGUGUAUAGAAAUCUGUAGUGGUCAUCUGUGCCAUGUAAUGCUUUAUAAUGGAAGUAAAAGUAGUCAUGCUUGUGAUUAGUUACCGUUAAGUACCGUCUGCAGUGUUCUGCUUGUAGUGAACUACAUGUACUGGUCCAUGCUGCCAAAGAGAGCCUACCUCACUCAGUGUAUAUUACAAAAACAAAAAAGAGCAAAAAAACAAGAUGGACCACGAUAGACUGUGGAGUGAAGAUGUCUCGUUUUCUUUGCUUGUACUUUUUCCAUGUUUUAUCACGUUUCCUUUAGUUGUUGGGCAGUAGAGAGCAUUACCAGAUUUUGGUUAAAUUUAUCAACCCAAAUAUUUCCGUUAUCAAAGUUACAGGAGCAGUCAGCUAAGCUACUUUAAGAGCUGAUGGUAUAGCAAUAACAAUUUUCUUUCUCUAGCAUUCAGGAUCCAUGGAAAGUUUUCUGUGGUGUUUGAUGUUUUUUUCAGUGAAUACAGACACCAUUGAAAAGCUGUAUUGAUAUUACAAAUGAGUUUGCCAGACAAGCAGUGCUUCUAAGAAAGUUCAAGAUUUGCCUUAUUUUUUUCUGUUGGGUGGUACUGUAUACAUUAAUAUUCUUGAUACCUUUUUGAAUUUUUUUUUUCAUUCUUUUGGCACCUACUUACCACAGCACUCAUAAGGAACUUCAGUCACUGAUUAACUGUUCUUUUCAUCCUUGUUAACCAAGGUAUUUAUAGGUAAUUCAUAAAGUAUUGGGGUACAGUGAGGUGUUAAUCUUGUGGACUGGUUCACCCAUGAUGUCUUUGGGCUUGAUUUUUCUAUGUGGUCUUCUGUACAUUGUUACAUUAAGGAGAUGCGGGUCAUUAUUAUUUUUUUAUAUCACAAGAGAAUGUGCAUUUGGUACCUUGUUAGGUGUUCAUCGAGAGAACACUACUGCUACAAUGUCGUAUGCUGGAUGUCAGCUAAGGGUUUGCAGGAAACUUUUGCCAGAGCUUCAGAUGAAAGUGUUUUGAGGCUCUGAGACCAUGCUGAAGCACUGGCUAAACAUUAGCCUCAGACAGCUGUGGGCUUGAGUGCUGCUAGUACUUGUGUUUAGGUAUUCUUUGCAGGUACACACAGCAAACUGGUGAGACUUCGUUGUCAUGCUUCUUGACUUAAAGGCAGGAGGAUAAUUUAACAAGAGUGAUAAAAUUGUCAGUCCCCUGCUUUCAUCUCAAAAACACUAAAUGCUGAGAAAGUUUGACAUUAUCUUGUUAACUGCAGUAGUCUCAAUGAACAAUUUCUGCACUGGAGCUAGGAGUCAGAAAAGUCUGCAAAUAGCAUCAGAGGGUUUGUCUGAUGGUACUUUCAUGACUGUAUCUGCUGAAACUCUACACAUGUAAGAAAUAUGAGAUGUGAAUUACAUUACCUCAUGUAGCUCAUUGCAGCUUCCAUUUUGGAAGAUACACACACACUUGUUUUCUGAUAGUGUUGUCCAAAUUCUAAGUGUCUUGGUUUAGAGAGUCUCCUUAGUGUACACAGAUUCUUCUUUACUCAGCUUCCUUGCAUCCUUGGAGUCCAGCUGGUUAAGAACCAGUCAGUUGUAAAAGAUGGCAUUGCCAUAGUUUCUUAAAUGCAUACAGUUGCACUUGUUGCAAAUACUGUAGCCACUCUGUGAAAGCAUCAGAUGCAAAUUGGAUCAUAGUUGGAUGGAGUGACUUGAGUCCAAUAUUACUAAUACAUGCUUUGAAAAAGCUGAUGCAGAUCCUUAGGUUUCAUGUUGGGUAAGGUCUUUCCUUCUCUGAAGCAGAAGAGAUUUUUUUUUUUAUCUGCAACUAAAUGCUUUUAAUUCUUUGUGGAAGGUGUCGUGUACCAGUUUAUUGAUAUGGUCUUUUACUCUUUUAUCUGCGUUUUCAGUCUUUAAAGAUAUGACAGCUUUGAAUACUGGCAACCUUCAUGUGAAGUAAAAAAAUGCCAGUGGUUCAUUUUCUUUUGACUGGUUGAUAGCUCAUAUCCAUGAAUAUUUAUUUAAGACUGCUAACGUUCCUUGCAAUACUUAAAUCCAGUUUUGUCACAUCAGUGUAAUUGUUCAAGUAAAGCAAAGUUAAAAGUGGCACAGAAUCAAUUUUAUCAACUUCAAAGGGUGGCGUGACAGAACAGUUAAACUCUUACCUUAAAUUCCUAAUCAUUUCUAGAUGGCUUUGAAUUAGACUUAUUGUGACUGUUUCAGUGCAUGAUGUACUGGGUUCAACUUUGAAAACCCACAUGCAAAUGGAGUUGGGUCAGCAAUCAUAGGAAAUAGCUGCUGGUACUCUAGACAUGAAAACAAUGCAUAUAGCAUUGUGUGGUACCUUAAUUUAUCAAAUGUUGCCAAGUACACAAGUUUGUUUCUUGGCAGUUUGUCCAUCUUCUUUUAGCCUAAAACAGUGUGUAACAUUCUGAGCUUAGAUUACCUGUAGAUUCAUGUCAAUUUAGAAGUCCUAACACCAUUAUUUGUAAAAUAUAAUAAAUCUGAGCAAGACUAAAUUUAUGCAGUUACUUUUUAAGUCGGGUGAUUUGACAUUUAUGGUAAAAACAUCACUAAUUUAGACUGAGUUUUGAUCAUACAUUCCCUGUUGUCCGUGCUCUUCUGUACCUUAAUACAAACAUGCAAAGUAAAAUCCUUUUCAAGAAGUUUAGUUUGAGUAAUAAACCAUAUUCACAUGUUAAUUAGAAAAAAAUAUUCUUACAUGGGAAUUUAGGAGGAUCUACAAUCUUUGUCUCUACGCUCUUCUUAAAAAAAAAAAAAAAAAAAAAAAAAAACAGUGCUUUCAGUCAUUUUCAGGCGUUUUACUUAAGCUUGAUCUGCAUUAUUGAUCACAACAAGCUUGAUCUGCAUUAUUGAUCACAACUUUUUUAGAAUAAUGUAGGCAGGAAUAGAAAGUGGAUUACCCCUUUCAUUUCUUUUCCAUUUCCUAAAAGGACUGGAGUCAACUGCAUGUGCCUUACUGUGUUUUGUUUUUAAUGCUUUACUUCUGUUUCUUUUAAGUUCUCCCUCUUUCACAGUAGUUUGCUAUCAGAUGUUUGAAUGCUGCCUCUUUUUCACAAGUGUCACAUUGGCCAAAAAUUGCUUCUCUGGAUUAAUACUGGCCCUGAAUUUUGUGAAGCCUUUCUAUUGGUUAAGAAUUAUAUCCUGGAGGAAAUGUAACUGGAACAUGCUCUAAGUGAAUGAAAACACUGAAUAACUUGAGCAAAGUAUGGAACAACAGAGACUUCCAGUUCCUCUAACUAAACAUGUGUGAUACCUUUAUUUAAAGAGGCAUUAACACUAUUCCAAGGACAUGGUGAACUGUGCCAGCCUAUUAAGGCUUCAUUGAUACAUAUGUGAAAUGUAUAAAACUUCCUGUGUCACUGCCUUUAAGGAAAGGACAUUGUCAUCAGUUUGGAUGAGCCUCCAUUUCUGGAGCCAUCCUUGCCUCAUCCAUGGGUAGUAAGGCAGAACCAGCCCGUUUAGUUAUCACCAAAUCUCCUAUUAAGCUUUUAUUUUGCUAAAUGGAGAGGCUUUUGCCAUCAAAGAUCUUUGGUACACCAUCAAGUGAUUUAUCAAUUUAAAAUGGUCUAUAAAAUUUAUAAAACUUGAGCCUUCUGUCAUUCCUUUAGCAUAAGGUGAGGAGGGAAGUUAACAUCUAAAGCAACUUCAGAUCAUCAGCUGGAUUCCUGCAUUAGGUUUUUUCAGCCUCCCUAAGAUCCCGCUACCUUGACUUAAAGGUUGUCUACCUUUGCAGAAGAUUCAGAAAUCUUCAGUUAAGGAGGAAACUUAACUAUUUUUGUUUCAAGAGUACAGAAAUCUUAAGAUUACUCUCUUUAGCUUGAGGUAACUGUCUUGUUGAGUAAUGGGAAUGCUCUUACUUCAGAGGAACUUUCAAGCCACUGUUUAGUGAAUUAAUCAUAAAUAUUCCUUGAGGGCACCACAACCACGGUCAAAUUCCCACUGUCCACUUAGAGGUAUACACUCCACCCUUGAAGAUUUCACCUUUUAGAAGUUGCUCCAGAAAGCUGAUCUGCUUAUGGGUUUUUAGAACUCUGCAGCAGGCAUACAAAGUUGGGAUGGUGGAAUACCUGGACAUCGCAGAACCUCUCCUGAAGGUACUACAUGAUACUCACAAUUACUUAUGCUUUAAAGGUCCAGCUGAACACAUGCUAAAACUUACUGGAGUGCCAGUUUGGUUCUUAUUUCUUAGACCAUCAGACAUUGGCUUUUUUUUUUGUGACCCUAGAUGCAUGCAUAAACAUCAGUGACACCUUACCAAUUCAGUGAAGAAAAUGUAUGUAGUUCUUUCAUUUGGUGCACACUAGUAGGUAUGUCACUGACCUUCAGAAGAAGCAAUGGAAUCUGAGGGUCAUGAUUCUCAGGAACUUUGACUUAUGGAACUGCAAAUACUUCCUCAAUGCUACAUUUGCCAUAAAGCAUAAUAUACGUAACAAGGCUGCUGCAUUUUGGGUGGCGCUGCAAAGCCAUGCAUUGUUUAUCUUGGGUCUGUGCGUCAUAUUUCAACAAACCUUGCAAAAUACUCCCUACAUUGGCUCUUUCCUGUUUAGCAAUCAUAUUGGGGGUGCAUCUGACCUGAAGAAGCGAGAUCAACAUUCUCUGUCUUACAUGUGCGUAAACCACUGUUGAUCAUUCAUCCCCAAAAUUGAGAUGAGGAACCAUUCAAAAAUGUUUUUUUUGUCUAUGGCUUAGCUAUUUUCUGCAGCCAGGAAUACACCAUAGUCUCCUACGUUUCAGAAUCCACCAACUGUGGUCUUCUCUGACUUUUGACUGAGGAAAGCUGAGAUCAGAUUGCUUUGUGUUCAGGCUUGAACGUCUGUCAUCUUGAACCAGACUUUCUGCCUUGUCAUCUGGCUCAUCUGCCCUUGUUUCUUAAUUGUGAAGAAGUGUUCAGCCUCAUUUGAAAAUGCACAACUGGGACAGUUCAUUCUUGCAACACAGGGAGUCAUUACUCUUGUUUUUUCCUAGUUUCCUAGAAAAUUAAAAGUCUCUACGCAGUCCUGAUUUGUCAGACAUCUGAGCAGAUACAUAAAGUAAAAGUGCUAAAUGCCAUUAGUUUGAGCUUUGAUUCUCUCUCUCUCUCUCUCUCUCUCUCUAUAUAUAUAUAUAUAUAUAUAUACAUAAAGAACACUGAUGCUACAGCGUAGACAUAACUGAUGCUCACCUUCACAUCUAUGUCCAUCUGUAUACAGAAAGUGCUUCAGCUUUCAUGGUCUUGUCACUGUUUUCAGUUUGGGACAUUAUCCCUCAGGUUAAUGCCUAUCUUCAUGAAGUGCCUUAUUUUAUUUAGUUAUCCUCUAGGAGCUAAGGAUUUCUGUCUUCAUGUGCCUUGAUGAUUGAAUGUUUAUAGUACUUUCAAAGCAUGCCAUCAAGACUUGUGCAGGGCUUUUCACCUUUUUCACUUUGAGAGCAUGCUCAUUCUCUUCAGAUUCUGUCAUCUGCCCUCCUAGUGUCUGAAUUUCUAGGUGGCCUAUUUAACUGCCUUUUUUGGUCACCCCUUUUUAGAUUUCAUUGUCCAUGGUCUCUCAGCUUCAUUACAUCUUUGUCUAAUAGCUUGUAUUUUUCUUCUAAUUCUGAGUCUGAUGUUAGCAGUGAUUCUGGUAGUUGCAUGUGUGCGCCUCCAUUUGAAACUCUGUUGUAUUCAGCCCUUCACUGGCUUGAUAUCUGGACAAGCCUAUCCCAGACUACCCAGAUAAUGAAUCAUGUUGAUGGGAGUGGCAGUGAUGUAUGAUUCAUCCACAUCUUUAGACAAGCAUGCCUUUUCCAGCCCCCUUUUGACUCAUUUGGAUACUAUGCUUCAUUGAUAGAGGUUUACAUGCCUUUUAGGACUUAUAGACCGUUGACAAGUUCCAGAUGCAUAGCAGUGGCUUGGUGGAGCUAAUGGUCUGCAAAAAAUUAGACUUUUGGGGGAACCACUUACAUUGUCUUAUAGUUCUUAUUGGAGUGAAAAAUGUGAUUGUAAUGCAAUAAGGAUUAGAAAGUCUGUUACCUCUCUGCAUCAUGUUUUAGUAUGUAGUGUGAUGACUGCUUACCCAGUUUUAGUAAUUGGAAGAUCCGAUAUGGGGCAUAGUCAGCUGACAUAAUUAAUGUAGUAGGCUUGCUUCUGAUUUAGCUUUACAUGCAAGCAACUAGGGGACUCAGAAGUGUACCACUGUGUUUAGAUGUAAUGUUAGUUUUGCUUCUUAUCAUAUUCAAUUGCCAUAUAAAAUUACACAGUGGGAAGACAACAUGAGCUAGGAGGUAUAAAAAAUGUACAGACUAAAGUGUUUAAACUAGACAACAUACCAUGCCUUAUUUAGUCCUUCCAUUUUAUAAACAUUCUAUUGGGAAUACUAGUAUUGCGUAACCACUUCCAUUGGGCGGCUUCCAUUAAAAUAGAGAAGCACAAAGCUUCCAAGUGCUAGAUCAUUAUUUUUCAUACUUGUCCUUAAAAAUGUUUUCAGGAAAUCAUGUGAAAUAGCUUUUGAAAUUGUGGUACACUGAAACACUUCUCUUAUGAGACCAACAAAAAGAUUAUAGGUUGUUGGAUAUUAACAUGUUUAGUCAUUUGGUAUAUUAAUGUAGUAAGACUCCAGAGUAAAUAUUAAGUUUUCUGUUUCAGUAAUGUUCAAGGUAAUGAUAAAUGAAAUUGGCCUUUACUGUAUUACACAUGUUCAGGUUUUAUUCCCCACUUGACAAGUUCUGCCUUAUGCCUUACUAGUAAAAAAAAGAAAAAAAAGAAAAAAAUACAAGGUAUGCAGUGUCAUCGUCAUAUUUUCAUUUUAUUCAGGGUGGAUGAUCCAUUAUUAGGUGUCAGAAUUAUACCAGGUGUUUUAUGAUGUUAAUGCUGAGAGAGUUAUCUGUUUUUCCUUUGUAUGCCCAGGGUACACCAUUUGCACUUGACUCUAACUUAGAGCUAUAAGUUCAGCACUUUAAAGCAUAUUAGCACUUAAAAUAACCACAAAUCAGAUAUUUAAGAUGGUUUGCUGGCAUUACCAGUAAUAAAAACCAUAGUCUAUUAUUUCAGAUAUUUGGAAAAAAUCCUGUAUGUUUUAUGAGGUCUUGAGAUUUUUGUAGUCUAUAAUUUCACAAGUGAGUUACUGUAGUAAACUGGCACGUCAUGUAUUAACUGAGAAAAGUAUGUAUUUUAGUAGUGAAAUUUUACAUAUUCGUGGUAUGUAGCAGCCCAUUUAAGAACAGACUCCUCCAUCUUGUACUUAGGAAACCUAAAAGGGUGAAGACAGUCUUAUGAACUAUAAAUUGCUUGAUCAAGCACAACAGGAGACUAACAGUAGAUUUCCUUCUGUUGUAUAGGAAUCAUUAUGCCUAUAUUAGGCCUUAAAGGGAAUAUUGCCACUUCAUAUUAUAGAAUACAUUCUGUUUUAUUUAUACUUUUUAUUACCACAUUUGAUUUUAAAUGGUUUAUUUAGGAAUACUGGGCUGUUGUAUUUUUGUUGUAUACAAUAAAACUGUUUAUAUGUA